AUGUCGCGCAGUGUCCACGAGCUUCGGGAGGCUGUUUCCAGCACCAGCCUCCACCCGCUCCCCCCAGAGACGCCAGCGGAGACGGUUGCCGCAAGAGUAAGAGCGGUGGCUGGGUUUCUGCAGCGUGUGCUGCCGCUGUGCCAGACCCACACGGUGGAGUUCUACACGCGGGGUCUGUGGGAGAAGAUGGUGGCGCUUUCCCCGGAGAUGGUACUGGAAACGCUGAGCGGGGAGCGGCUUCAGCACUUGCUGGACGAGCCUCUUCUACAGCGCCCGCUGGAGGAGCCCGCCGAUAGCUGUGACUUUUCCAACAUUUUCUGUGCAAAUUCUGAGAGGUUGAUCAACGUGCGAGCUUUUGCUUUAGCUGCUAAAUACUACUCCAUGCCAAACCUUGGAGUGUGUAUCUCAUUAGAACAGAUGCUUGAAGCACUGAACAGGAAACAGCAGCCAAAGUUUGAUGUAGAGAUGAAAACAGAUGACUUCAUGAAAAAUAAGAAGUCGCAUGAAGUGCAAUUGAUGUCAGAGUUAGUAGAUGGCAUUGCAAAAUAUUAUGGCUUAAAACAGGUGAUUGACCUGGGCUCUGGAAAAGGCUACCUGAGCUCCUUCUUGUCCAUGCAGUAUAAUCUGAAGGUUUAUGGAAUUGAUUCCUCGAACACAAACACCCACGGAGCUAAUGAAAGAAACAGGAAAUUGAAGAAACAUUGGAGAGCCUAUCAAAGUCGGGCAAGAGCAAAUGUCAGAGGUCAAGUGCUGGAAGAGGCAAAGGAAAGGCCAGAGCAAGAUAAAGAGAAAUGUAAAGCAAAUAUCAGUGGAAAGCUUUUAAGUACUAAUAACAGUCUUCAAAGUCAGACCCAGGUGGCUGCUCCAGAUUCCAUUCUUUUUGAAACAGCUGAUGUUUUUACAGACUCUGAGAUGUCUAUUACUAACAAACAAUAUGAACUUCACUCUGGGGCUCAGCUGCAACCCGAUGAGAACAACAUUCCAGAAAACAUGUUUCUAAAUAUUUUGCCUGCUGAUGCUGUAGAAACUGACUGUUCAUCCCAAAGUAAGUGUAGGGAGCUCUGUGAAGAGGAAAAAGAAAGGAGGAAGAUGGCUUCCCUUAAAGCCAAAGCAAGCAGAUCAAAGGAAGACAACAUAUAUUCUCCAUUAACAUCCUAUAUCACUGCAGAAACGGAACUCCGUGACAUUGUUGCAGAUCUGGAGGAUUGUGUAUUGGUAGGUCUGCAUACAUGUGGUGAUCUUGCUCCAAGCACUCUGCGACUUUUUACUGUUAAACCUGAAAUCAAGGCCGUUUGCAGUGUGGGCUGCUGCUACCAUCUGCUUUCAGAGGAGCUUGAAACCCUGAAAGAUGGCACUCAAGGAGCAUGGGGCUUUCCCAUGUGCCAGUAUUUAAAGGAAGAGAGCUGGUUCUGUGGUCGCAAUGCUAGAAUGGCAGCUUGUUUGGCUCUGGAAAGAGUUGCAGUUGGCCAGAUGUUUUUGCAGCUGCCUACAGAAUCAUUGUUUUAUCGAGCUGUCCUACAGGUUAUUGUAGAAGAAUUUUAUGGAGUCAAGAGAAGUGAUCGUAAUAUUGGGAAAGUGUAUUCUAAAUCAUCUUCUUUCUUGGAUUAUGUUAGAAAAUCUUUAAAAAAGCUAGAACUUGAUGAGUCAGAGAUUUCGGACAGCCUCAUAAUGGAGUACUUUGAAAAAUACAAGCACAGAAUGAAUGAGCUGGAAGCUUUUAAUAUGUUGAAAGUAGUCCUGGGACCUUGUAUAGAGGUGCUGAUACUUCUAGAUCGUCUCUGCUACCUCAAAGAACAGGACAACGUUGCCUGGUCUGGACUGGUGAAGUUAUUCGAUCCCAUAAAAUCCCCCAGAUGCUAUGCAGUUGUGGCUCUGAAGAAACAGACAUUUCACACUCAAACAAAUUGCUAGCUUGAUCUGAAGCGGAGUGUUGAUGAUGCCAUUAUAUUUUAAACUCUGCUUGUUAUUUACCAUUAUUCCACAAUUAUUAAGCAUUUCACUAACACAUUUCUAAGAGUUUUUUAUAUGUGUAUGUACUAUAGUAAAUUAAUUCAAAAAAUGCUUAUUUGUAUAUAAGUCUAAUUCAAUGUGUCCUGCCCCCCACCGCCCCUUCUGAAUGGGUCUAGUCAAAGUAAUUUGAUUUAUUACGAAAAUAUGUAAGUGCUAUGCUCAAUAUAAGAAUUACCUAGGAAGUGGUAUUUGCACCCAACUUUUGAAGAUGUCAUGCAAAUUAAUGAAUGCCCCAGAACAUCUCUAGCCAACAAGGAAACCUUCUGGAUGACGCACAAGCUGCUGUGAAUAUGAAAUCUUUGCAAAUGAACUCAACAAAUUAGCUUGUUUGUCUAUCAGCACAAGCUGUGUUUGUGUGGGUUAAUGAUUGCUCUCCACCAUAACCACUCUCUACCCAACUCUUCACUACUAGAACUAUGUGAAGGUGUGGGGAUCAGACUGGAGCAGCAGAAUUGGUGAGGAGGUGUUUACCUUUUUCUGACAUCUGCUGCCUGUGAAAUUCUCCACAGUUGCUAUUAAUCUCAUCAGAGAAAGAAGACAAGUUUCAGUAUUGUUCGUAUCUGUUUUUAUUGCUAAAAGCGGCUUCAAUUUGACUGGAAAAUAGCAUUGAAGAAAGAUAAUGCUGCCCCCGCUCACAUGCUGCUCCUCCCCCAUGACUGUUAAGUUUUUAUGUUUUUUAAAAAAUGAGAGAUCCAACACCAUCAGGAACACCUUGAUCAUUUCUGGAAAGUCAUCUCUCCCGCUCUGUCCCUGUUGGCAUUGAACAGACUGUGAUAAGACAAAUCCAUAGAGGACAGGUUAAUCAAUGGCUACUAGUCUGGUGUCUAUGGGCCACCUCCAGCCCCAGAGGCCACAAUGUCUCUGAAUACCAGUUUCAGGGGAGCAACAGCAAGAGGGAAGACAUGCCCUUGCCUCUUGCCUAUGUGGUUCCCAGAGGCAUCUGGUAGGCCACUGUGUGAAACAGGAUGCUGGACUAGAUAGGCCUUGGGCGUGAUCCAGUUGGGCUUUUCUUAUGUUCUCUUUUUACAUUUAGCCUUUUGUGAAAAGAUAUUUCAGGUUUUUUAUUUAGAAGAUUUCUAUCCCACACCUUCACAAAAAUUUCCAGGGUGGCUUACAAAAGUUAAAAUUAACAAUAAAACUAUCAACAAUAAAAUAUUGAAACGCCGGCUUUGUUAAUACUGUGUUCAUGAGCCAUCUAGAACAGGGAGCCAACCAAGCCUCUUUUGGGGGAGGAUUCUCAAGGGAAUACACAGCAGAAAAAGCCCUACCCUGCAUGAUUGCCAAACAAACCUCCAUUGAAGAUAGCACACACCUCUCUUGUCAGAUCUUAUAUAACAGGCAGAUUCAUAUGGUAGAAGCUUAAUUUUUGAGUACCAUCAUUCCAAAUCAUGAAGGGCUUUAAAGGUCAUCAACAGCACCUUGAAUUGUGCCCAGAAACAAACUUGUAAUCAAUACAGUUAUCACAAGUCUAGUGAUAUCAUAAGUCUAGCGAUAUCACAAGUCUAGCUGAUGUAUUUUGGACCAGUUGAAGCUUCCAGGGAGUAUUCAAGGGCAGCUCCACUUACAGUGUAUUACAGUAAUCCACUCAAGGUGGAGCAAGAACAUGAUCACUCUAGCCAGGUCUGAAUGGUCCAUGAAUAGGCGCAACUGGUGCACCAACUGAAGUUGGGCCAUAGCACACACCUUAGUAUCCAGGUGUAAUGCUAGGUCAAGGACAACUUCUAGCCUGCGAAUCUUCUCUUUGAAGCAUGCCACUUAUUCAAGAACAAGUUGAAACACUAUCCCCAACACAGCAGUUCUUCUGAGGCUCUCUCUUGGCUGGAUUUAAUAUCAGUGUGUUGGCCUGUAUCCAACCCAUCACAGCCUCCAAAACACCACUUCAGCACAUCCAUUGCCUCUCCAGCCGGAAAUGGCACAGAUAAAGUUGGGUAUCAUCUGCAUAUUGAUCCCUCUCUUGAUCCCUCCAGCUUGGAUAACUAUAGACCUGUGUCUAACCUUCCCUUUUUGGGCAAGGUGAUGGAGCGUGUGGUGGCGUCCCAGCUGCAGAGGGUCUUGGAUGAUACGGAUUAUCUGGACCCUUUUCAGUCUGGCUUCCUCCCCGGGUACGGGACUGAGACUGCCUUGGUCGCUCUAGUGGAUGACCUACACCGGGAACUAGACAGGGGGAGUGCGACCCUGUUGGUUCUGCUGGACCUCUCGGCGGCGUUCGAUACCAUCGACCAUGGUAUCCUUCUGGGCCGCCUCUCGAGUAUGGGAAUCGGAGGCACUGCGUUGCAGUGGUUCCGGUCCUUUCUUGGGGGGAGGGUCCAGAAGGUGGUGCUGGGGGACUACUGCUCGGCCCCGUGGCCGUUGGCCUGUGGGGUCCUGCAGGGAUCGGUCUUGUCCCCCAUGCUGUUUAACAUCUACAUGAAGCCGCUGGGAGAGGUCAUCCGGGAAUUUGGACUGAGUUGUCAGCAAUAUGCGGAUGACACUCAGCUCUAUCUCUCCUUGUCAUCUGAUCCUAGGGAGGCGGUGGAUGUCCUGAAUCGGGGGCUGGAGGCCAUGAUGGGUUGGAUGUGGGCUAACAAACUGAAAUUGAAUCUGGAUAAGACGGAGGUACUGUUGGUCAGUAGGAGAGCCAAUUGGGGUGAGGAGAUUUUACCGGUUGUGGAUGGGGUUGCACUCCCCUUGAAGGAGCAAGUACACAGCUUGGGGGUACUACUGGACCCGGCUCUGCUUUUGGAAGCUCAGGUGGAGGCGGUGGCCGGGGGUGCCUUUGCACGGCUUUGGCUAGUGCUCCAGCUGCGUCCCUUUCUCGAGAAGGCAGAUCUGGCCACGGUUAACCAUGCCUUAGUCACAUCACGGCUGGAUUACUGUAACGUGCUCUACGUGGGGCUGCCCUCGAAGAAUAUCCGGAAACUGCAGCUAGUGCAAAACGCGGCAGCGAGGGUUUUAUCCGGAGCUGCCCGUUGGGAACACAUCACCCCCAUUUUGAAAGAGUUGCACUGGCUGCCGGUUCGUUUCCCGGUCCAAUUCAAGGUGCUGGUUUUUUUACCUUUAAAGCCCUUAACAGUUUGGGCCCAGUGUAUUUGAGGGACCGCCUGCUCCCAAGGGUUGUUGCCCGCUUGACGAGGACAUCUGAGGGGGCUCUGCUCCGGGUGCCGACAAUGAGAGAGGCCCAGCUAUCGUGCACUCGGGACAGAGCCUUCUCUGUUGCUGCUCCUAGACUCUGGAAUGCUCUCCCAGUGGCCAUUCGUUUCUCAGACUCCAUCAUGGCUUUUAGAAAGCUUGUAAAGACUUGGCUUUUUACCCAGGCUUUUACAUAAUCGUUUUUACUGCUGCUUCUGUGUGUUUUUAUCUGUUGUAUUGUUUUUAUGCCUGUUUUUAUAUGUUUUUAUACUUUUUAGCUUGAUGUUUUUAUUGUUUUUUAUUGUAUGUUUUAACUUUUGUAAACCGCCUUGGGGUUGUCUUUUAAUGAAAGGGCGGUAUAUAAAUGUAAAAAAUAAAUAUAAAUAAAUAAAUAAAUAUUGGUGGCACCCAACACCAAACUCCUGAA